AAUUAUGGUGGGGUUCCUUUUGUUUUGCCCUCGUGUUUGUUCGGCCUUGUAAAUAAUUUGUCUUUUUGCAAAAACUUUAAAUUCUUCAGAACGACGAAUGAUUUUUUGUUUAUCCUCUCGCAGCUCAUACAUAACUGGAAAACACGUCUGCUGCGAACUUUGUCACUUUAAUCUAUGUCAUCAUUUUGUCACAACACGGUGAAUGAGAAUAUUUGCUGAGAUAAGCAGGAAGGUGCUAAACUCAUAUUCACUUAUGAAGAGAGGGGCAAACGGAGUGUCUGACAUUGUCAAUGGAAAAGUGUCAAAGAUCGCAGCCGACAGCAGCACUUCUAGACCGUCCAACGUAAGCUUUUCUGCAGGAACCAUGUACACCAAGGGAGGCAAACCCCAUGACAAACCCUUCGUGGAGUUGGAAUCUCCUGACAAAGCAGAGCACGACAAAAAGGAAUACAAGGUCAUCAAAUUAAAAAAUGGACUCACAGCUCUGCUAAUUCACAAACCUGAUGAAGGAGAUGACAAUUUGAAUGAUACGGCAUCUACAGUUAGUUCUCAAGCUUCUGAGACUGCGGAAUCUAUGGACGAAGGAAGUGAUGCAGAGGGAAGCAAUUCUAGUGACAGCGAACCUGCUCAGACUCACCAAUCGGCAGCAAGUUUAACCAUUGGCGUGGGCAGCUUUGAAGAUCCUGAUGAGCUACCUGGAUUAGCUCACUUUUUGGAACACAUGGUCUUUAUGGGCAGUGAAAAAUAUCCAGAGGAAAAUAAUUUUGACGCAUUUAUCAAGAAACAAGGUGGCGAGGACAAUGCUUCGACAGACUGGGAAACGACAACAUUCUACUUUGUUUCCCAAACUCAAGGUUUCAAAGAUGCCCUAGAUAGAUUCGCACAGUUCUUCAUAUCACCUCUUUUGAAAAAGGAAGCUAUGCAACGAGAAAGAGAAGCCAUCGAGUCGGAGUUCAACCUUGCUCUACCGUCUGACUAUCAUAGGAAAAAACAACUUCUAGGCACAUUGGCAAAGAAAAACCAUCCAGCAGCUAAAUUUGCCUGGGGAAACGUUAAGACAUUGGGAGGAACUGCAGGUGAAAAACAAAAUGAAACAGACUCAAAUGUUCAUGGAAAACUGAGAGAGUUCAGAGAGAAGCACUACACUGCUGAGUCAAUGACCCUUGCUAUCCAAAGUACCCAUGACCUGGCUACUAUGCAGGAAUGGGUCUUGGAAUCUUUUGGCGCAGUUCCAAGUGCAAAUUUAGAUAAAAACAUCACCAAGGAAGUGGGUGCUAACCUGGACCUAGAGGCACCAUUCGACACCCCUGAAUUUAAAAAGUUGUACUAUGUUGCUCCCGUCAAGGACGUCCAAGAGGUUCAACUGACUUGGUCUCUGCCAUCAAUGAUGAAAAAGUAUGAGUCAAAACCCGACCGAUACUUAUCUUGGAUCCUGGGUUACGAAGGCCAUGGAAGUCUAAUUGAAUACCUAAGAAAACGAGUCUGGGGCCUUGAGUUGUAUGCAGGAAGCGACGAAUCUGGAAGUGACCAUAACUCCUACUUCCUUCACUUUGGUUUGACUGUUUCUUUGACUGAAGAAGGGUACAGUCACAUUGAUGAGGUUUUGCAAGCAAUAUUCAGCUACUUAGAAUUAAUGCGCAAGGAAGGUCCUCAGGAGCGUAUUUACAAUGAGCUGAAAACAAUCCAAGAAACAAAGUUUAGGUUCUCUCCUGAGCCAAGUCCAGGGGAUAAUGUUGAAGAAUUGUCAGAGAAUAUGCAGAAAUACCCAUCCAAACAUUACCUCAGUGGCCCAGAGUUGUACUUUAAAUAUGAUGCGGACGCAAUCACCAAAUGUCUCUCCUACCUCAGCCCCGAAAAUGUAAAUAUCAUGAUUUUAAACAACAACAACAAAGAGGAGUAUGAAAAGAAAGAGGAUUGGUUCAAUACCCCGUACAAUGUCACAGAUGUGCCUUCGGAUUGGUUGCAACAUUGGAAAGAUGUCAUUCCCCUUGAAUCGUUCAAAUUGCCUGAGCCGAACCCAUAUCUUACAAAGAAUUUUACUGUGUUCGCACCUGAAGAUGAAAUAGACUUCCCCGUGAACAUAGUGAAUGACACCAUGGGAGAGCUUUGGUUCAAGCAAGACAAAAAGUUUAACCUACCAAGGGCUUACAUUAUUUUUCAAAUUGUCUCUCCGUUGAUAUUCUUUUCACCAGAGAAUGCAUGCAUGUUGGACUUGAUGAUUGGAGGUCUGAAACAGAAAUUGACUACAGAGGUGUACCCUGCUCAAGUUGCUGAGCUCUCAUAUUCGAUCAAUCCUUCGGAAGCUGGCACAGGACAAGGGAUUAGUUUGAUGAUUGCAGGAUACAAUGAAAAGCUACCACUGCUAAUGGAGACAAUUCUGAAAGAAUGGAAAAAUUUUGAGGAAAAUUUUAACGAGGAACUGUUUGUUGCCAUCAAAGAUGUAAUAAAAAAGAGCUAUUACAACUCUGCGCUUAAACCUUCAAAGUUGAUGAAAGAUGUAACCAAUUCAAUACUCAAGAGCGUACACUGGACUGUGAUCGAGAAGUAUGACGCAAUUGAUGAUAUCACAUUUGAACAACUGAAACUUUACUCAAAGCAACUUAAGCAACGGCUCUACUGUCGAAUGCUAAUCCAGGGGAAUAUGUUGAAAGAUCAGGCCCUAGACACUUACAACAUUGUUCAUAGAACACUGCAGUACAAGCAAUUGAUUACAAAUACCUGGCCCCAACUACGACUGAUCCAAUUGCCCGUUGGUGAAGCUUUUUUAACUGUUGAUUCAGUUAAUAAAAACAGCUCUAAUUCUGCUAUUGCACAGACAUACUAUUGCGGGCUAGGCAAUAUGAGGUAUUCGUGUGUUGCUGAAAUGAUGAUGUUGCUUUUUGAAGAAGCAGCUUUUGAUUUUUUGAGAACAAAGGAGCAGCUUGGUUAUAGUGUUGGGACAUCUGUUUCCAUAAUCAAAGGCAUUCUUAGAUUUUCUGUUGCAGUGAACAACCAAGAGGAUAAAAAUAACUUAACCCAUGUUGAUGGAAAGAUUCAAGAAUUCUUAGUCAAAUUUUAUGACGAUCUGAAAAACAUGACUUCAGAAGAAAUAGAGCAACUGAGGAAGUCUGCUAUGCGCCAAAAAUUGCAAGCCGAUGUUCAACUAAGGGAAGAGGUGGAUAGGAAUUGGGAGGAAGUUUACACAGAGGAACACAUUUUUAAUAGGCGUCAACUUGAGUAUGAUAUCAUCGAAACUAUCACACACGAGGAGAUGCUUCAGUUCUUUAACAAGUUUGUUUUGAAUCCAAGCGAAAGACGCAUAAUGACAGUUGCGGUCAAGGGAUUGAUUGCUAGUGAAGAAGUUACCUACGUACAAGACAAGCAGAACAAAUGCGGUCAUGAUGAAAUGUGUCUGAAAUAUGUUGACUCCGGCGACUUGAAGAGGACUGUCACCAAAGUCAAGAAUAUUGCAGAAUACAAACGAAGUCUUUUCUACUAUCCAGCUCACAAAAUCAUCAAUUAACCUAUUUGUAGCUAUUUUACCUUUUUUCAAAUAUUUUUAUUUUAAAAGAAACAAGUAAAGAGUAAUUGAGUGGCAACUUUA